AUGCAGUGGUGUAAGAAGAUACGGGAUGGGAGUUCGGGCGCAGGUAAUGUCUAUACCCUGCUUGAUGCUGCGUCUCUCGUUUCCACUUCACCCCUUGACCUGAGUGACGCAUCCGCUGCGCCUGACUUCACAGCGCUCAGUUUCUACAAGAUUUUCGGAUUCCCCGAUCUCGGUGCCCUGAUAGUGCGCAAAAGUGCAGCAGGCAUUAUUAAGAAACGCAAGUUCUUCGGCGGCGGGACGGUGGAUAUGGUCCUGGCUCAAGGAAUGCCAUGGCAUGCAAAGAAAUCCACGAUCCACGAGUGCUUAGAGGAUGGCACUUUGCCGUUCCAUAACAUCAUCGCCCUUGAUUCUGCGUUGUCUACACAUGGGCGUCUUUUUGGAUCGAUGAGCAAUGUCUCGUUCCACACGCGCUACCUGGCAAAGCGGCUACACAACCGGUUGGCCGCGAUGACCCAUUUCAAUGGGCAGAAAGUUUGCCAUUUGUACAUGUCCCCAGAAUCAGACUUUGACAAUUCCACUCAAGGACCGAUCAUUGCAUUCAAUAUACGGAAUAGCUCUGGUGCGUGGAUUGGAAAGUCUGAAGUUGAGAGGCUCGCGAAUGUCAAGAAGAUACAUAUCCGGUCAGGAUCUCAUUGCAAUUCGGGAGGAACGGCAACUAGCCUUGGCUGGACUGGGCCUGAAUUGCUUCGUAACUUUUCCGCUGGACUACGCUGUGGUGAUGAUCACGACGUCAUGGAUGGGAGGCCCACUGGCAUUCUAAGAGUCAGUCUCGGCGCAGUCAGCAAUCUCAGAGAUAUUGACGCAUUCGCGAGGUUCAUUGACGAGUUUUACAUCGAAAAGGAACCGGAAUUUGUAUCACUGGUUCCACCGAUGGAAGUUGUUUUGCAAGAGCCCAGCUUCUACGUGGAGAGCCUUUCAGUGUAUCCAAUCAAGAGCUGUGGAGCGUUCAAGGUUCCUGAUGGUCAACGUUGGGAGAUCAAAAGAGAAGGUCUCGCAUGGGAUCGAGAAUGGUGCCUUAUCCAUCAAGGUACUGGCGCCGCUCUCAGUAUGAAGAAAUAUCCCCGCAUGGCCCUGAUACGGCCGGUCAUUGACCUGGAGCGUGGUGUUUUACGCAUUACUUGUGGGUCUGAUUCAAAAGAGCUGGAGGUCUCGCUCCGCCGUGAAAUCACCAAUCUAGUCACCACCUCGCUGUGUCAGAGCGCGAAAUCCUCCAACGUCUGCGGUGACCGAGUAGUUGUCCAGGCUUAUUCCUCGCCUACCGUAGCCUCCUUCUUCUCUAACUUCCUUGGUGUACCGUGUACACUCGCAAGGUUCCCGCCGCAGAUUUCCACCAGGAUAUCAAAUCCCACUCGUUCGUCUAGAAGGAGCCAGAGAGCCCUCAUGCCUGGCUCUUUCCCGGAAGACCCAUCACCGACAUCUGAACAACCACCUAUACUCCUAUCCAACGAGAGCCCGAUCUUGCUCAUUUCUCGCUCGUCAGUGAAUCGCCUGAACGAAAACAUCAAGUACAACCCCAGACCUAGUUAUAGCACUCCAGCGAAGGCCGUAGAAGCUGAUGUCUUCCGCGCCAACAUUGUCGUCGCCGAGAAUCUUCACCAACUAGCCAACGCCGAGCGUCCAUACAUAGAAGACACUUGGGAGUCAUUCUCUGUUGGACCGGAACAGCUGUGCUUUGAUGUGCUCGGGUCAUGUCAACGGUGUCAGAUGGUCUGCGUUGACCCAUAUACUGGCACCCGUCGAGAGGAGCCUUAUUCAACACUGGUGAAGACGAGGAAGAUCAACAGCAAGAUCGUGUUUGGGAGACACACUUCUCUAUCUAACAUGGAGCUUUCGCAGGGUGCUGGCAAACCUAAAUCUUGCACUGUUAUGGUAGGGGACGUUGUGACACCGCAGAUUGCUUGA